AUGUCGCGUCGCCCUAAAAGUUUUAGCAGCCCACAGCUGGGUAAAACGCGGGUGACCAGAUCAGUCACAGAUCGAAGUAAGGCAAAAACAAGCAGUUUCAAAUUACUUUUGACGAUCAAUUGAAAGUUACUUUCAUUAAUUAUCACCGGAAUUUUACGAAAGUUCCAUAACAUUUGCGUUCCCUUUACUUUUAGGAAGCGUCACUUUAAUGUUUGUGGGAGACAUUUCCUUCUCUGACCCGGUGAGGAUAUUACUUAGAAUGCGGUUAUCACUCGUAUAAUGACUCUUUCAACGACGUGGCACCAUAUUUGAGAGAGGCUGAUAUCUCUGCGGGUAAUCUGGAGUCUCCUUUUGUUAAUCAAGAGAUGCUCAGUGGACGAACCUCUUAA